GAGAGAGAGAGACGUAGCCGGGGACAGAGAGAGAGAGAGAGCGGGACUCGUACGUAGCGGGGAGUGAAGCGAGACGUCAAGUUAAAAUACUUCACACUUUACUUCCCCUUUUUCUGCACAUUUUGUCACUUCCCUUCACUUUUGAUGCCGUACGUUUGUGGAAGUUUAAUUUCAGCUGCGGGGAGUCAGAAGGAGCGCUGAAGACAAAAUCCAUCACAAAUCUCAGAGUGACUUUUAUCCCGCACGGACAACACAAGAAAAGCACUCCGGUGUUUUUGUUGCAAGUGUUGGAAAUCUGCUUUUUGCAUCGUUUUGCUGCGGGUUUAUGCGCACUGAGGCUGCACUCCGACGCGCUUGGACGGGAUAAAGCACCGCAACUGGGCGAAUCAUCACGGACAGAUAGCAAGAGCCCGACAGCGUGACAGGCUGUCGACACAUUUACAGAAAAGCGUUUUUAUUUCAAGGCGAAAUCGGGAGGUUUAUAGUGAAGAUCGGGGAAGUUGAGUACCUGUGGGCGCACUGUGGCGCACAAAUGGUUUUUCUGUGGGACGCAAAAUACGACCCAGCCCCUGGCCGGCGUUAUACCCCCCCUUCGACCACUCUCGCCUCGGGGGGGAAGAUGGCCGAGGCCCUGCCCCUGGGCGCCCAAGAGGCCGGAGGUGGGGCCGCUCUGGUGGGAAAACUGCGCAUGGCCGACCGCGGCAUGGUGGAGGUGAUCUCAGAUCAUCCAGGUGAGCUGGUGAAGACAGACAGUCCCAACUUCCUCUGCUCUGUGCUGCCCACACACUGGAGGUGUAACAAGACUCUGCCCAUUGCUUUUAAGGUGGUCGCCCUGGGCGACAUCCCUGAUGGCACUCUGGUAACAGUGAUGGCCGGAAACGACGAGAACUACUCAGCUGAGCUCCGCAACGCCACGGCCGCCAUCAAGAACCAAGUAGCCAGAUUCAACGACCUGCGCUUUGUGGGCCGCAGUGGAAGAGGGAAAAGUUUCACCCUGACCAUCACAGUGUUCACCAACCCUCCUCAGGUGGCCACGUACCAGAGAGCCAUUAAAAUUACAGUGGACGGCCCCCGAGAGCCACGACGUCACCGUCAGAAGAUGGACGAGGUCAAACCCGGCUCUCUGGCUUUCUCUGAGAGGCUUACGGAGCUGGAGCAUCUGCGACGGAGCUCCAUGAGGGUGACGCCUCCUCACCACCAUCACCACCAACCCUCUGCCAGCACCCGCCAGUCUGCAGCACUCAACUCUGCCACCUUCUCCAGCCCCACACACACUCAGAUAACUGCUGAUUCAAGACAGAUGCAGUCAUCUCCAACUUGGUCCUAUGACCAAUCGUACCCCUACCUUGGCCAGAUAACCACGCCUACCGUCCACACAGCCAAUCCCCUCUCGCCUGGUCGAUCUUCGCUCAGUGACCUGUCCACGCGACUCACAGGUCCGGACCUCACGGCCUUUGGUGACCCCAGAAUGACUUUAGAACGGCCUUUCUCCUCUCUCCCCUCUUUGCCUGACUCCCGCUUCUCCGACCCACGGGUCCACUACCCUCCCACAGCGGCCGCCUUCACCUACACCCCCUCACACAACCCCGUCUCCAAUGGCGCCCUCGGCAUCACCAUGGCAACAGCCAUGGCAACCACUCCAGCAGGAAGGUACCACACGUACCUGCCUCCUCCCUACCCGGCGAACACCCCCCACCAGGCUCAGAACGGGCCUUUUCAGUCCACCUCCUCGCCGUAUCACCUGUACUACUCCACCGCUGCCGGCUCAUACCAGUUCUCCAUGAUGGCGGGGGGAGGUGGAAGCAGUGACUCGCGCUCCCCGCCAAGGAUCCUGCCACCGUGCACCAACGCUUCCACAGGCUCCUCCCUCCUGCACCCCUCUUUGCCCAAUCAGAAUGAAGGAGUGGGUGUGGAGGUGGAGUCCAGCCACAGUAGCUCCCCAACAAACAUGGCAGCUGCUGAAGCGGUCUGGAGACCUUACUGAACCAGCUGCGGCGGUACAGGACACUGAAUGGCACAGAGUGGGUACGCUCAAUUCAGGUGACCACCUGGUCAUGUGAUGUCAGACCUCACUGAACAUAUAAAUACGCACCAAUCCAAAUUAAGAUAAGUGAUGGUGUGUGAGGCAUUGAUUUAAAUUAAACUACAGUGUGUGUGUUCAUGGUAAUGAAGGAACAUGUCCCGCAGCACAACAGUGUGCCCGCCUGGUAGCAGCAGUAUUGAAUGUCACCGAUCGAUGCGGCUUCCUCCAAUGUUCUUUGGUAUUGUUCAGUGAUUACUGGCCUCUAAUUUUAGAAAAAAACUUCACCUGGUGCUGUUUGUCAUCACUUGACCGGGAGCCAAAUGAGCGUGCCCACUUUAAAACUGUCUACUGACAAACAAUGUUGGCCAAUGAAAAACAAGCAUAACGACUGACAAGGCGCGUUAGCCGACAGACAGCAGCGAGUGGACGUCCCAGUCUCACUCUCAGGACACAGAGAAGGACUCCAGAGAAGAGCUUCUAUGAAAUGAAGGACAAAUGGAGAGAAGCAGGGUAAUAUUUUAGGUUUUACACUGACAAAGUGCAUGCAGCAGCACUGGGCUGAUCUCAGUUCAGCUUCCUUUGUAAAAUAACAAGACUUCUUCCUCAUAAAUAUUGUCGAUGUUGUGAAUAGAUGAACUGCUCAUACCAAAUACUGUGGAAGACCUGUUUGUGUUUGUCAUUGUUUCACUCCACCAUGAUUUUGCAGCUCCUCUCUCAUACUUGGUUGCCAUUUUUAGAAAGAUUGAGUCCAUCAUCUCUUGAAAAAAAGCAACAAGUUCACUGCUGUGGUUUUUAUGGCCGCUGGGGAGAAUUUGAACAAAAACCAACCAUUCAAUGACCAACAAUUCUUAGCUUUACACUGGCUCAGCGACUCAAGCCACAUGGACACAUUUUGAUCAGAUUUCUACAUUAACACAGAAGAAAGUGUCUAUAUUAAGGACUAAAUUAUGUCUCUGAUGUUUUUCACACAGAUUAUUGGUUUUGCAAUCAAAAUGCAUGAAAGAUUUCCUUCCACUUAGAAACAUUGCAGCAUGGAGUUUUGUUGAGUACUUUAAUUUAUUCCUACAAUACCAGUUUUGGUAGCAUUUCAUUUGUGUGUACUGUAUGUGUGUGUGUGUGUGUGUGUGUGUGUGUGUGUGUGUGUGUCUCCUUUACCCGUGAUCCACUGUCCAUUUGUACUGUAUAUAACCACAGCUGUAAAUUACACCUGCAUUUGCUCAACUUUUCAUAGCCUCUCACUCUCUCUCUCUCUCUCUAUCUCAAACAAACACACACACACACACACACACCCACAGCAAGUUUGUUUUGAAAUUGUUGAUUGUGCACAUUCGGUUUUGAGUUAUAUAAAUAUUCUUGUGAAGAAACUUUACUUGUCCUGUGGUUGCUGGUCGUCUGAUUUGUUUUCUCAAUUAUCUUUCUCUAUAUAGAAAAAUCUCUGC